AAAUAAUUAAAUUAUUUCUUGUUUAUACUUUAAUCACGUUUGAGUAAUUAUAUAAUCUACGGCAAGUAAUAAAAUUACUCCAGACACGUACAAUGUGAUAAAACAAUUUUAAGAUAAAAAACAGUAGAGACGCUAAAACACCUCCAGUUUCAAAAAAUGUCUCACAUUAUCAUCGCACCUUUAAAAAAUGUUAAAAUCCCUUACGAAUCUGCCGGAAAAUUACUCCAUGAUCGUCUCAACUCAUUUCCUGAAAAUUCCAUAGCUUUGGUUGAAAACUCUAAUGUGACUUGGACUUACCGUGAAAUAAUUACCAAAAGUGAAAUUCUUGCCAAGAAUCUGCGAGAGCAAUUGAAAAUUACCAAAAAUAAUAUUAUUGCGAUUGUUAGUGGCAAUACUGGGAAAUUUUGGGUGGCUACAUUGGCAGCAUUGUAUUUAGCAGCGCCGGUACAUUUGAUCAAUCCACGAUACACGACUUAUGAACUGAAGCGAUAUUUUGAAUUGUCAAAACCGAAAUUAAUUUUUUGUACUUUAGAGGCAUUAGACAACGUGCUCAGUAUCAAAAAAGAGUGUCAUUUUAUUGAAAAUAUUAUUCUUUUUGAUGAUGGUGAUGUAAACGUGAGCAGGGGCACCAACCGUUUUGUGGAUUUGCUCAAAAGUCACUGUACAACUUUUGAAUUUGAAACAAUUGAAGAUCUGGAGAAUCAAGUGGCUUUUAUUUGUCAUUCAUCUGGUACUACAGGUCUCCCAAAGGGGGCUAUGAUCACUCACGCCAACAUUUGGUUAAAUUUGUGUCACUCUAACGAUGACGAUUUGUACCCACGAACCCCCAAUCCCAUAGUAAACGUAGUACCUGUGUACCAUGUCCAUGGGUUUUCUCUGUCGUACACGUCCCUUUAUCAGAGAGUUAAAAUCGUAAUUAUGGAUAAUUUCCAACCAAGAGUUUAUCUGGAAAAUGUGCAAAAUCACGGAGUUAGGAAUUUGUUCAUUGUCCCAUCACUGGGCGACUUUUUGGCUAAUAGCCCCCUUGUGGACCAGUAUGACUUGUCUUCGGUCAAAGAAAUCUAUUUAGCUGCUGGCGUAUUGAGAAAAAACACGGAGGAAAAAAUCCUACAGAAAUUUAAUAUCGCGACUAUACGUACCAUUUACGGUUUAACCGAACUCGCUGCCGCCAUAUUUACAAUGCCGGUUAAUGGUGGCAAGCCUGGAAGUUGCGGUAAACUGACUCCGGGCCACCAGGUCAAAAUCGUGGACACGCAAACCGGAAACGCGCUCGGUUGUAACCAAACUGGUGAAAUUUGCGUCAAGGGCUUCGCCAUGAAAGGUUACAUUAACGAUCCGGAGAAAUCCGGAGAGGCGUUCGAUCCGGAUGGGUUUGUCCGGACCGGUGAUAUAGGUUACUACGACCAAGACUUGUAUUUUUACAUUGUUGAUAGGAUGAAAGAUUUGAUUAAGUAUAAGUCGUUUCAAGUGCCGCCCCUGGAAGUCGAGCAAGUUUUGUUGAUGUUUCCGGGAGUUACCGACGCUGCGGUGGUUGGUAAGCCUGAUGAGAGGUACGGGGAGUUGCCAGUGGCGUUCGUCGUGAAGGGGGCGGACUUGGAAGAGAGGGAGUUGAUGGAACAUGUGGGGAAGUUUCUGGCGAAGGAGAAGCAUUUGCAUGGAGGAGUGAGGUUCGUGGAGGAGAUUCCAAGAAACGAAAUUGGGAAAAUCUUAAGGAAAAAAUUAAGAGAAAUGCUUGAAUAAAAUUUUAAGAAAUCGUU